UUCUUCUAAUCGCCAGUUGGGGCUCCACCAAGCGUUCUGUCUGCCGCACCGUGGAUCAGAGUUACCGGAAAUAGGCUGAACCUUCACACAAAAAGCACAGAAAUUAAGUUUGAGCAGUGUAAUUACCUGCACAGGUAAUAAAUAAGCACAGGUUCUACAAAUAAUUUAAGCCAUACUACGAUAUAAUAUGGAAACAUUGAAUUUCAUAUCGUUAAAAUCUGUCUGUUAAAGAAUAUUAGAGUUAGACGUCAUUUUUUAAAAUUAUAUAAUUUUAUUUGGAAAAAUCGAACCGGAAUUCUUAGCACAUUUGCCGCACGCGGUGUUGACGCCGGCGGUGCCGCAGCUCAGUCUGGUCUGAUCAGCUGCGUCUGUCGCUUCUUCGAUGCGGCGGAGAAAUAAAAUGCAGAGCAAGGGCAGAACCAGAGCCUGCGAUUCGGAUCAGUGUAGAACCGGAACAACACUCAGGUGAACUGGACCCUGCGGCUGUGAGGCGGAAUGACCGCAGAAGCAGAGGCGGCACCGCAGCAGAAAGAGUCGAGACGCUGACGGACGCGGUUAGCCGCGUUAGCUGCAGCAUCAGGCGCGAUGAAUGCAGAGGGGAGCGGAACGAUCCGGAGCCGCAUCAAGAACCUGCUGCGGUCCCCUUCCAUCAAACUGAGGAGGAGAAGUGACACCUGCCGGCACAAAGAGGGGCGGGGCGACAAGGUGGUCUUGGAAAAAGUACUAGGAAUCACAGCAGCAGGAAAUCGGGCUCUGGCCUGUGACCCACGGACUGGACUCUUGGCUUAUCCUGCAGGGUGUGUCACCGUCCUCCUGAAUCCUCGAAAGAACAAACAGCAACACAUCUUCAACAGCUCCAGGAAGGCGAUAACCACACUAGCGUUUUCCCCUGAUGGUAAAUAUGUGGUCACUGGAGAGAGCGGUCACAUGCCGGCGGUGCGGUUGUGGGAUGUGUCAGAGCGCCUCCAGGUGGCAGAGCUACAGGAACAUAAAUAUGGCAUCUCCUGUGUGACGUUUUCUCCGAACGGGAAGUACAUCGUCAGUGUUGGGUAUCAACAUGACAUGAUGGUCAAUGUCUGGAACUGGAAGAAAAAUGUGGUGGUUGCCGCCAACAAAGUCUCCAGUAAAGUCACAGCCGUCUCCUUCUCUGACGACAGCUCCUACUUCGUUACAGCGGGGAACCGUCACGUCAAGUUCUGGUACCUGGACCACGCCAAGACCUCCAAGGUGAAUGCCACGGUGCCUCUGCUCGGGCGUUCGGGACUCCUGGGAGAACUCAGGAACAACUUCUUCAGCGAUGUGGCCUGUGGGCGGGGCCGCCACGCCUCCUCCACCUUCUGUAUCACUUCCUCAGGUUUACUGUGCGAGUUUAAUGACAGACGGCUUCUUGACAAGUGGGUCGAGCUGAGGACGUCUCAGGCCACCUCCCUCUCUGUCGCUGAUGAUGUCAUCUUCUGUGGCUGUUCUGAUGGGACAGUUCGAGCUUUCAGUCCCAUCAAUCUGCACUUCCUCUUCACACUGCCCCGCCCACAUUUUCUGGGUGCUGACAUCAGCAAAAUGGUGGAUGCUAGUCAGCUGUUCUCCUGCAGGCCCGAUGCUCGCUACCCUGAUACAGUAGCUGUGACAUUUGACCCCACGAACCGCUGGCUGUCCUGUGUUUACAAUGACCACAGCGUUUAUGUCUGGGACAUCCGUGACCUCAGAGAGCCUCGCAGGGCAGGAAAACUUUAUUCGGCCCUCUACCACUCCUCCUGCGUGUGGAGUGUGGAGGUGUCACCAGAGGGAACAGGAAGUCUGCCUCCCUCCUCCUUCCUGUCGUGCUCGUCGGACAACACCAUCCGAUUGUGGAACUUGGACGACAACAAUGUUCUUCACAAGAACAUCCUCAGCCAUGAUCUGCAGAAGAUGGUCUACGUGGACGACAACUUGAAUUCUGUCCUGGAUGUAGAAAGCGUUGCCACGGCCAGUGUUAACAGUGAGAAGGUCGGGUCAUCAGAGGGUCAGCAGUCUGACCAGAUCAGAACAGGCAUUAGGACUUUGAAGGUCAGUCCUGAUGGACAGCACCUGGCCUCUGGAGACCGCAAGGGUGUGCUGAGGAUCCAUGACGUGGACAGUAUGGAGGAGAUAAUGAACGUCCAGGCUCAUGACUCAGAGAUUCUCUGCUUAGAGUUUUCUAAACCUGACACAGGCCUCCAGUUGUUGGCCACAGCAAGUCGUGAUCGGUUAAUCCAUGUUCUAGACGCUGCUCAGGAAUUCAGUCUGGUUCAGACCCUGGAUGAACACUCCUCCUCCAUCACAGCUGUACGAUUUGCUGCUAAUGAGGGUAAAGUGAGGAUGAUCAGCUGUGGCGCUGAUAAGAGCGUUUACUUCCGUACAGCUCAGCAGGGUCAGGCAGGGCUGGAAUUCACCCGGACUCAUCAUGUGGUCAGGAAGACGACUCUGUAUGACAUGGAUGUGGAACCGACCAGGAAGUACGCAGCUGUUGGCUGUCAGGACCGUAGCAUCAGAAUCUUUAACAUCAGCAACGGGAAACAGAAGAAACUCUACAAAGGCUCACAGGGAGAAGACGGCACGCUAAUCAAGGUUCAGAUUGAUCCAUCUGGACUCUACAUUGCCACCUCCUGUUCAGACAAAAACAUCAGUAUUUUUGAUUUUUACUCUGGAGAGUGUGUGGCCACCAUAUUUGGACACUCAGAAAUAGUUACAGGUUUGAAGUUCAGCAAUGACUGCAGACACCUAAUCACUGUUUCUGGAGACAGCUGCAUCUUUGUGUGGCGUCUCAGUCCAGAGCUGACCCUCAGAAUGAGGCAGCGACUUUCUGACCUCAGAUCAGCCGACAGUAACAGCCGACCACAACCUGUGCCUCCGCCCACUGCUGCCAUCCUCAGGACGGCGCCUCCUCGAGUCGUCACCAUGUCUUCUGACAGUGACAAAGAUGAAGAGGAUGAAGAGGAGGAGCCUGGUCGUCGAAAUACAGUUACAGCAAAAAUUGUGGAAGAAGACACAGAGUUGUUUGCUGAAACUACCACCAACGAAGAUGAUGGAAAGGUGGGGGGUUUACAGGGGUCAGGAGGUCGUCUCCCCCGUCGCCGCUGGUCUAGGAGGCUGGGUGGUGACAGUGUUCUGAUGGUGAAGUCAAUGUUAGACCUCAGACAGCUGGACUCCUUCUGUCCUGAUGACGAUGGCAGGAGGAAGAGUCAUGAUGAGGAGGCUGUGCUGCAGAAAGCUACUCUGGAGCUGGGGAGCACAGUUAGUCUGCAGGUGGAGAAAGAGGCGAUGACCAAUCAGAGGCCACACUUUAUCCUCCUGUCAAACCAUAGCCCAGAAACAGAUGACCCAGUUCUGUAUCCAGACCAAUGGGAGGACAGAGUGAGUCUGGCAGGCAGUGAGUUUCAGGUGAAGGAGGUGUGUCCUCCUACUCCUGGCAGACGGCAGGACAAACCCAGUCCAGACAGUGGCUGCUCCCUGGCUUUCAGCUCCAGACUGUCAAGUCCAGAUGCCCCUGCUGGAGACGACUCAGACCAGACUGAGGUACUCAGUGUGGACGGAAACUCCUCUGAGCAGGAAGUAGAAGAUAACGAUGGUAAUGAAGGAGGCGGACUCUCUCAGCCAGUCCCUCAGACUCCAGACCAGGAAGCUUUUCUCAAAGAGCACUUUGUCACCCUGUCUGACCUCUCAGGGAGUCCAAGCAAAGCUAGUCACAGUUCCACUGAAAGUCUCAGCAUCUCCUCCAGGUUCCUGUCCCAGAAUUCAGCUGGAAGCCGGACUGUGUUACCUCUGCCAUCGCGGACAAAUGGUGUAGUCGGAGCAGAUGUGAAGCCCAACCCUUUGGUCUCUGAGGUCCGUCCACUAAUCGAGGAAAAUCAGACCAAGACCCAAGACGGAAAAAUAUCGUGGGACCCAGAGCCAAAUCAAACAGAGGACCUGACAUCCUUACAUCAGAACCCCAGUCAAACCCUGACCAAACGUGAUAAUGACCAAGCACAACCUCUUAAUGCCAGCAUCCUCCACCAGCAUACUACUGAUCAGCCGCAGAGCCAAAGUCAAGAGGAAGACGCCUCCCAAAAGCACUCCCCACUCAAGAAGAAGACUCAGACAACAAUGGAGUCCAAAAUCAUUUUUGGCCCCACAGCCCAGGCUGCUGCCUCCCACAUGAACUCCACUGGGAGACUUCGGAAGGCCCAGUCAGUGCAGAGUCUGCUGAGUGACUCAGGUGAUGUGUCUCUGCCCAAGUCGACCUCACGUCCAUCCAAAGAGGUCUCCCCUCAGGUUUUUUCUACUCAGCAGCGUCCCACCACCCUCCCCUCCUCCCCCAGAUGUCCCCCAUCUUCCAUCUCUCUACCAGCACAGAGACUUGUUCCUACAUCACCCAGGUCCCCUCAGCUGGACACAGCCCCUACGCCUUCUGCUGCUACCACACCGAGAAAGUCUUCCUCCUCUUCCUCCUCAGCGGCAGCAUCUCGCUCCUACAUGAGCCCCACUGCCAGUUCAAUGGCCAAGAUGUCACGCUCCGUCUCCAUGGGCGACGGCCUGGACCUCCCUGAAUCCUGUGACGAAGCCACAGCCUCGUCUUCUCUGUCAUCAGCUGUACCGUCGUGUCCUCAGGUCAAAGACACUCCACCUCCUUUGGCUGCUGUGGUUCCCUCCAUGGUGGCCCCUCACGCUGCUGUGGUCCCUGUUGUCGCCCCCUGUUUGUCUUCCAGUCUGGGGAACCAUUGUACCCAGAGCGCCCCCUGUACACGCGGCCUCCAGGCUCGGGUGUCCAGCAGCAGCAAACCACUUCCAGACAAACCCUCACUUGCAUCUUUCUCUCCGUCACCCAAAGCUGUGGCAGCGUCCUCGUCAGCCACAAGCCGUCCUUCUCCGGUCUCUGUCUCCCCCCUGUCCCCACAGCCAGCACAGCAGGAGGAGAAGAAGGAGGGACUUCAGACUUCUGUAGACACCAGUGCAGAGCAAAGUGAUGACUCAGACCAGCUAAUCAGUGUUGAGAGCUGCAGGGCUAUGGCCAAUGAGCUGCAGAGCUGCUUUAAGAGAGCAACACACAUAUACAGAAAGGUGAGUGCCUCUUGUAAUGAGAGCUCCACCUCAGAUCAGCACCAAAUGGCUGUCCUUUUGUCAGAGGCCUUCCAGGCCAUGAGGACGGAGCUGGAGUGCCUCCCAAUGGAUGCCCCGAGCAUGCUGGGAGGUCAUGGAAAACUAGCAGGAGUGGGAGAGGUGAAGACAGCUGCUCUCCUGGAGGAGUAUUCUCUGUUACUCCUGCAGGCAGUGCACAAGAAGAUCAACAGCAACACAUGCUAAACGACACUCCUCACCUUCUUCUUUUUUUGCCUCCAGCUUUUCUUUUUAUACACUUUUAACACUCAGAGACAACGUCAGGGCGACUGAACCAGUGAUGAAUGAAUAUUUUUUACAAACUUAACUAAGAAACAUUUUCACUACUUUGGAUCAUUUUCUUUCUGUUCAGCAUCCUCUCUUUUUUGGAGGGGAUGUGUGAACAGCCACUUCAGUGUUAAUCUGGAGGAUUACUGAUGUCUGAAUUAUUACUGUAAAAACUUGACUUUUGCUUUGAACAAACUUUACAUGACCUGUUGUUAUACUGUAUGACAUCACUCUCAGUCUUAUACAUUUUUAGUGAACACGACGUAUGGGUUUGUGGAAUUGAAAUCUGGAUCAAACAGUCAGUUUGUCAUUUUUGGCUAAAUUUAAUAAAACAUUCAGGUAUAAUUUCCUGUUUGCCUUUUCCUAUAAUCUUAAAGCUGGUCGGUCAAUUUGUCAACGUAAUCACAAUGUCCAUGUGGUUGAAAAUAUACAUGUUUGCAUCAACUAAUUAGUCAUUAAUACAGUACGUGUCAACACUGAUCCAUCCAUCCAUCCGUCCAUGCUGUGCAUCCCUGACAAUUCUGAUCAAAUACCCA